AUGGGCCGUAUUUUCAAGUCACUUAAUCAUGGCUUGGGAGUGGGAACUAUAUACAAUUUUUCUACUCAUUUUAUUUCAGCUAAUGUCAAUAUGUCCUUUAGACCAAAUUUUAUCUUUAAAUUUCUUCAAAAAGAAACAAAGUGGAAGAGGUUUUCAUCCAAACAUCCUCGCGUUUGCUUAGAAGCUAGGCUAUUACUUUUACCGGACAAUUCCAGGAGAAAUUCAUGCAAACUCAGCACCAUUCAUUUAUUUUAUCCACUGUGUCUUAUUGCAGAACAUCAUCACCAGUAA